GAUGAGGAACGCAGACGGCAGCAGCAGCUGGAAGAAAUGCGCAAACGAGAAGCUGAGGACAGGGCCAGGCAAGAAGAAGAGCGCCGACAGCAAGAGGAGGAGCGGACCAGGAGAGAGGCAGAAGAAAAGAGGCGGCAGGAAGAGGAGUAUUACAGUCGCUUAGAGGCCGAAAGGCGCAGGCAGCACGAUGAAGCAGAGCGACGAUUGCUGGAACCUGACGAGCCUGGAAUAAAUUCAUACACUGGAUCUACAGGAGCAGCUGUUGGAGCCCAUGAAGUUUAUCGAGAUCCAAGAGACAAAAGAUCUAAAAGUCAAGAUACAGAUUUACCUGGAGCACCAGAAAACUUGACAUUCAGGGAACGCCAGCGACUUUUUUCACAGGGUCAGGAUGUGUCCAAUAAAGUAAAAGCUUCUAGGAAAUUAAUGGAGCUGGAAAAUGAGUUGAACACAAAAUAAGAUUAAAGCACCUUAUCAGAUGUAACUGAAGAUCUCUAAACUGAGGGAUUGAGAUGGGGGGGCACACUACUAAUGAACAGAAAAUGAAUGUUUUCUGAAAGGAGCGACUUUGAUUCCUCUAUGUCUAAGACUGUUAAUUAAGAUUUAGAGAUGUUGCAAUAGCAAGAAAACUGAUUACUUUGCCAGGAGCUUGUGGUUUAUACAAUGAAAGCACUGUAAAAUUUUAAAGAUAUGAAUCACGUGAAGGUAACUUUUUCUUUCUGUUUUGGGGGUUAAGUUCUUGUGCACCAGACCAAGUAGCACUUGUCAAAGAUAAGUCCUGUUACCUGGUGUUUUACAGACACACUUUCGUUUUAGCUGCUGAGCAGAGAGAGUGAGAAUAGCUUGAACUGCCUAAAUGAAACUGUGCACUAGAAAUUAGUAUUUUAGGCUGUUUGGUAAGAAGACAGUAUCUGGGCCACCUUAAAUAAGACUUCAUAUGCAAGUUUGACAUACUGUAUGGUGUACAUACAAUGACCAGCAUAUCAAUACAGAUCUUACCCUUACUUAGUACUGGAAUGACACACAUUCUGUAGGUAAAACCUUGGAAUAAAAACAUUUCUAGUCCUCUGUUUUUGUUGGGUCUAAAAUGGUUGUGUAAGAAUGUACCUGUAGUUAUGGAAAAGUCUGUGUGUUAACGCAUCCCCACUGUAUGUGCUUC